UGUUCGUUAGCAGUGAGGCAGGAAUGGCAGAGUUUUGAGAUGUGGAUUCACUCAGUUAUGAGCGGAGUGAUCAGGACUCUGUUUGCUGUCCUUCUUUGAAGGAUGAUGAAAAACUUGCUGCCGUUCCUGCUCCUCGUUUCCCAGCAUGCCCUGGCUGUGGUGGUGGAGGUGAAUGAGGGGGCAGAGUCUGUCCUGCUGCCCUGUGAGUUCUCAGGUUUAAUACCUGAGAAUGACUCCACCGUGAUGUGGACUCACAAAGAUCUUUAUAACAAAUCUGUCCACCUACGACGAAAAGAAGGAGAUGAUCUUGGAGAGCAAAACCAGGGUUACAGCGGGCGCACAUCGAUGAGGCCUGAUGCUCUGAACACUGGAAACUUCAGCCUCACUCUGAGAAAACCACAACUGACUGACAGCGGCAACUACACCUGCUCCAUCAGUGAUGGAAGAGAAGAAAGGAGACUGAUAGAUAUACAGCUGCAGGUCAAAGAUUAUAAGGUGGAGGUGGAUUCAGGGGUGGAGUCUGUCCAGCUGCCCUGCAAAACCACAGUUAACCUGCCUAAAGACGCUAAAGUGGAGUGGAAGAACAAAAACAACAGGAAG